GUGGAGGAACAAUUCAAAGCAACUUCUAAGGCACAUGCUAGUACUCUUAUUUUGAAGAUGGUGACUACUAAAUACGACGGGAUAGCGGCAUUCGUGAGCACAUCAUGAUGAUGAACGACAUGGCUCGUAAGCUUAAGGGAUUAGACAUGGAGAUCAGUGAAGGUUUUCUGGUGCACUUCAUCAUGACUUCUCUUCCUGCAUCUUUUGAAGCUUUCAAGGUCAACUACAACACCCAGAAGGUCAAGUGGUCGAUGAAUGAGUUGAUUGCUAUGUGUGUACAAGAAGAAGAGCGUCUGAAGCUGGAUAAACCGGAUGUGGCUUACCUCAUGACUGCUAAUCCAAAGAAGAGGAAGGGCAAUGUCGAUAAGAAGGAAGUUUCUAAAGUCCAGAAACGUGAUGCAAGUGCUUCUUCCAGCUCUAAGAACUCUAAAGGGAAGUCUUACUGCAAGUUCUGCCGCAAGGAAGGACAUAGACAGAAAGACUGCCAAGACUUUAAGGAGUGGCUGACGAAGAAAGGGAUUCCUUACAAUCCAGAAGCUGGAAAGAAACCGAAGAACACUUAAGCUGGGGAAUGGAACAGAACUAGCUGUCGAAGCCGUGGGAACCUUAGAAUUAAUAAUGAAAACUGGUUUAUGUAUUAAACUUUAUGAUACCUUAUAUAUUCCUGAGAUUACUCGGAAUUUAGUAUCAGGACCAAAGGUAUAUCUUUAUGUUAGCUGGCGGACCUAUCUCGUGGAAGAGUCAUAAGCAAGAGUUGACUGCAACUUCUACAAUGAUGGCAGAAUACAUUGCGGUGUACAAC